AACCACGCCGCUCUUGCCAGAACAACUCCGAUCGCCUCGAGCUCGCCUCGCUGCCGUUAAGAGAAGCAAGGAGGCAGAGCCAGGAGCGCUUUACCGUCAUGUGAAGCUUAUCGCGGUAUGCGCUGAGCUACGAGCCGAGGAGAUGAAACAAGAGGGAGGGCUGCUGUCUGAUCAUGACUGCUUUGGUUCGACCAGCUGAGCUGUGUGCAGAUGGGGACAAGUUUCUUCAGGUCGGAGACCUGGAAAAGGCCACUUCCUUCUACAUGUCUGCCUUCAGGACUCAUGCCACUUUAGCCGUGUCCCACAUGAGGAGCCUGGACACGUCCAGCUGUGAAAAGGUGAUCGCUACUCUCGAAGGCUGGCUGGACAGCAAUGGGGACAACCCGCCCAAAGAGAAUCUCCAUAACGGUCUCACAGCUGUUUUCCUCUCCACGCUGCGCCCCAACAAUCUGACAGCCACCGUUUUCAAAAUGGAAACUCUUCUCCGGAGCGACGGACGUAACUGCGAGGAGAUUUUUGCCCGCUGCACGUCUCUCCUUGAAAGCAAGCGUGGCCCUCACCCAAAAGGGAGGAUGCGUGUGUUGUUGGAGGUAACUCGAGCCUUGGCCUGUUUGUUCUCACAGCGUCACAGCUGGCAGGGCCUGAGGCUUUACCUUCAAACGUACCAAAGGAACAAACAGGAAACAGUUGAACUGGUUCAGAAAAGGCAAACUGCACACCUACCCAAAAUAAAAAAGGCCUUUACCGACAAAUUAAUGCAAACAUUUCCCUGUCUGGGACUGGACCAUAAGUGGACAGAGACCUCAAAAGAGACUAACAAAAUGGAUGUAGAGGACUCCUCAGCAGCUAUUGAGUUCUUAUUGGCUCUGUCGCCUGACGACAAAGACAUUCAAGAACUUCAAGCAGCAUUUUUGUUUUUAACAGGCAGGUUUGUGGACAGCUCAGAGGUCUACUCUGCUCUCUUAAACCAGGGCGAUUGUCAGAAAACCUCGCAAAGCUCCACGGCCGCAGUAGAGAGUCCUGAGAGGAGAACCAGGCUCCUAGCCAGCAGAGCAGCCGCCUGCCUGUCGGCAGGUGGGAAAACAGCAGAGGAGUGCAGAGAUCUGGAGGAAGCAUUUGAGAUCCAUCCUGCCUCUGCCCGUAUUUACUUCCAAAAACUCUUCACUGAUUGUGGCACUGGACUGGCUGCUCGAAACCAUCUCCGUCAGCAGGCGGAGCGAGGUUUGUCUGGGUUCAGGGAGAGGGUGCUUAGCCGUGCAGAGCUGCGAUCCACUGAAGGAGUUGAACUCCUUGACCCCGUGAUAGCUGCAUUACGGACUCUUUGCCAUUUAGAACCUGGUGGAGGAGGUAGAGAGCUGCGGGUGCGGCUGACCGACUGCCUCCUCCUUAGAGGGGAGCACAAAGAGGCUCUCUCUAUCUGUAGCCAGCUAGCUGCUGCCCAAGGACAGCACAGCUAUGAAAACACAGUCCAGGUCCUCUGUGGGUAUGCACGUCUGCUCUCAGGUGACCAUAAAGGGGCGCUAGAGGACUUCCAGUCUGUGAUUGAACACAGCGCUCCUCACCCAUCCAGCUGUGUGCGGGCCCUUUGUGGCAGGGGCCUCCUGCGUGUCAUCGGUGGCUUUAAUUAUCUCACAGCUCUUGACUAUGUGACGGCCAGCAGGCUGCAUCCUCAGGAAACAGCGCUGACGGUCCGCUGCCUGGUGCCAUGGAACUAUCGAGGGCUGCUGGUGACCGUUCUGCUGGAGCAGGGGCGAGUCAUGCUGGAGGAGAAGUCCAGUUCAGGUGAAGCCCAAUCGAAGAGAGACGACCACAGAUCGGGGACUCCUGCUGGUGUCCAGGCCCUGGCCUCGCUGCUCAUGGAGCUCCAGCCCAGUUCCGAUGGGCCUCAGAUCCUCGCAGCAGAUGCCCUGUACCAGCUCGGCCGGGUGGAGGAGGCCUACAGGCUGCUGCUGGCCGCGGGGACCCCCAACCUUCGGGCUCCCAUCCUGGCUCGUCUUGCUCUUCUGCAGCUGCACCGAGGCUUUCACUAUGACACCAAUCAGCUGCUAAAGAAGCUGAUUGUGUGCGGUGACACCAGCUGCCUGCGCAGCCUGCUGCUCGUGGCUCAGGAGAGAGAUCGAGCUCUUCUGCAGGGGCGUUGUCACUCAGCAGCAAAACACAUCCUGAACGCCUCGAAAGAAGAAGGCUCUGUCAGGGAGGCCGUGGCGUAUUUAUCCAUCGCUGUUAUGGCCUCUGGUGGUGGAGCGGCUGACUCCCUGCUGGAGAGAGCUAGGUGUUACGUGUUACUGGGCCAGCGAAAGACAGCCAUAUUUGAUUUUAGUGCCAUUUUGAAGGAGCGUCCAAAGCACAUGCAGGCCCUGUGUGGACGAGGAUUUACGUACCUCAUGCUGAAUCAGCAAAAGGAGAGCGUCCACGAUAUCCUCGCUGCUCUCCAGAUACGAGCCGAUGCGGUCGUCAAAGAGAUCCUGUCACUCAAGGACCGAGCACGGACGCUCGUCUGUGAUUGGCUGCACCAGUUCUGUCGCAACAGCCUGUCAGACGCUGUGGUCACCAAUCCGGUUCCCUGCCACGAAGAGCAGCUGAAGGAUGCUUUUAUAGUUAGUGGAGCUUUGAUGAGGACCGACAGCAGAGACCCACUGUGGCACCUUCUGUACGUGGACACACUUCUGGCUAAAGGAGAACGUACGGCAGCAGGAGCUCACCUGUGCCAGGUAUUUGGCCAAGAGCCAAGAGACGCGGUGGCUCAGGCUCGGCUGGGGGUGAUGGAGGCCUGGCAGCAGAACUACUGCAGCGCCGCUCGCAGGCUCAGCAAACUGAGUGAGAAAGAUUUACCCAUCCUGGACUUCCUGCUGGCUCUGCUCCCAUUUAAUCAUCGAAAGUGCACCGCUCAGGCGGCAGCGCAGGAGGCCAGCAGCGUGUCGCUCUGUGGCCAGUGGGACCAGGCCCUGGCGCUCCUGACCGUGGCGGUACAAGCAGAGGGCCACCUCAAACCCCAGUAUCUCCGCCAGCGGGCUGCCUGCUUUGCACAGCUGGGCCUACAUGAGCGGGCCAUAUCUGACCUGGACAAAGUCAUCCAGGGACAUGGCCGUGCGAGCGGUUCUGAUGACCCAAAAAUCCGGGCGGAGGAUCUGUGUCGGCGAGGUCGCAGCUUGGUGCUCUGCUCUAAAGAGGGAGCCGCUCUGGAGGACUUCACCCAAGCCCUGAACCUCCACCGGGAUCAGACCAUUCAGUGUGUGGAGGCUGGUCUGGGGGGGCCGCACCUGGCUGAGUGUUUUCUACGAGGGGCGCUGCAGCACUACGGAGAACAGCAGCUCACUAAAGCGUGGACGCUGAUCGAAUCUGGACUGACUGUGGACGGAGAAAACGCAGAGCUGCGCAGACUGAGAGCCAGAGUCAAACGAGAAGUGGCCAUCCCGUGCAUCGUCAACUAG